GUGCUAUGGGGCGUGGCCUGCCUGUCGGUGCAGCACGCCGCCAGCGGCAAUAAGCUGGUGGAAGAGUUCCGCGGGGCCAUGCUGCCAGUGACGAAGCAUCUGCAGGGCGUCGCCGACAGCAGCACGCCACGAGUGGAGAUAUUUCGGCUGGUGCCUAUCACGAACCUCUCGGCUGAGCUGAAGGCGAGCGACAGGGUGGUGUGCCACUUCCCCGACGCAAGGUUCGACUGCUCGGAGCUGGAGGAGAUGUGCCAGCGGUGUGACGACGCCGAGAUGCUCGCAGAGCGAGCUCGCGAGUCGCUGUUGACUUCGCUCAGGCUCACGGGGCUCCGGUUGAAUGAUAUGCCCGUCGACAGGUUCAACCAGGGCGCGCUUAGUUCACCCAGCCAGGUGUCUUCUUCGUCGUCGCAGCGUGGCG